GGACGCGCAAGGACAUCAAUUACAAGUUGCAUGGAACGACACCGCCGCGAAGCUUUUGGCCUUCGACGACACGAGCUCGAGCUCGACAGACCCCAAGCUGCACGACCGCAGGCCACGAAGCAAGCGAGCGAGUAGACCUCGCAUAGCUCCAUCCAGCCGGCCCUGCCGCCAUCACACCUCACACGAAGCUGCUCCCCCCGCUCGCUAUCCGAUUGAUGCUACCGACCGAAGCCACCCCAGGCGCCGCGGCUUGAAUCUCGAACAAGGUCGGAUUUCAUUGGAUCGCCUCUCGUCACAGCCGGCUGUUUCCUUGAUUGGGGGUAGAGGAGGGUGCAUGUGACGAGCCACCCGCCCGGCCAAGCAUCUUUGACUGGCUGCUUCUGGUUGAGUGCAGGUCUCAACCCCGACGUCGACUUGAGCUUCGCAGCUGGAAAUCCGGCCUACAGUUGGGGACAGCCCGAUCCACCGAGACAAGCCCCCCAGGGCUGCUGUAGCUUCCGCGUGCCGCCAUUCCUUUCUCUCGCGUCCCGGGCGCUGCCCUCCUCCCUUCUAGUGGGAGCUAGCAGGUGACCUGCAGAGAGGACCCAUUCACGUCUGCCUCCUGCGGACGCCGUCGCACCACGCACGACACCCCUCGGCUCUGAUCCGAUUCUGGCCUUGGUUCCCACCCCGAGAGCUGGGCCGGCAUACCACACCUCCACGUCGCUGAUUCCUCCAUCACCUUGCCUGCGGAGGCGCACACGACGCCAUGUCGGGUCCUCAGGGAGGGGGUGAUUCCAAGCUGUUCGCUCGAGGCAAAGUAGCCGAGCUUCGCCUCGAGCUGAACAGCGGCGGAAAAAAGGACAAGAACUUCGCCACCAAGAAGAUUGCGCUCAAGAAAAUCGUCGCCAAUAUGACGAUGAGCAAUAACGACAUGGUGGCCUUGUUCCCAGAUAUAAUUGGUUGCAUGCACAUCGAGAGCCUUGAGAUAAAGAAGAUGUGCUUUCUCUUCCUGGUCAACUAUGCCCGCAUGCGCCCGGAAAUUGCGAUCAAGGCGAUACCAGUACUAGAGCAUGACAUGGUCGACUCUAAUCCAUUGGUGCGCGCACUUGCGCUACGGACCAUGUCCUACAUCCACGUCCGCGAGUUUGUCGAGGCGACGGUCCCGCUCGUGAAGAGACUCCUGAAAGACCCCGAUCCAUAUGUUCGGAAGACAGCGGCCUACUGUGUCGCCAAGCUUUACGAUCAUGAUAGGCAAAUGGUGGAGCAGUCGGACCUCAUCGACAAGCUGAACUUGUUAUUGCGAGACGACAACCCGACAGUCGUUGCGAGUGCGCUGGCUGGACUUAUGGACAUUUGGGAACGAAGCGACGCGAUCAAGCUGACUAUAGACUACGGCAAUGCGUCUAAAAUGGUCGCUAUCCUCCCGGACUGUUCAGAAUGGGGACAGACUUAUAUCCUCGAAGCACUCAUGUCUUAUGUGCCUGAGGACUCGGGAGAGGCACUCCUUCUUGCCGAGAGGAUCGCGCCGCGUCUGUCGCAUUCGAACUCGGCGGUCGUGCUCACGUGCAUACGCGUGGUACUCUAUCUGAUGAACUACAUCGCCGAUCAGAAGCAGAUCUCGGCCCUGUGCCGAAAGCUGUCGCCGCCUCUGGUCACCCUUCUUGCCAAGGGACCCGAGGUGCAGUACCUGGCGCUGAGAAACGCGCUACUGAUCCUGCAACGACGGCCUGAGGUGCUCAGGAACGACAUCAGGGUAUUCUUCUGCAAGUACAACGACCCCAUCUACGUCAAGGUCACCAAGUUGGAGCUCAUCUUCAUGCUUGCCAAUGAGAGAAACAUUGGCGAGGUAUUGACGGAGCUGCGCGAGUACGCCACCGAGAUCGAUGUGCACUUUGUGCGUAAGGCUGUACGCGCCAUCGGAAAGUUGGCUAUCAAGAUCGAGCCCGCAGCUCCGCGGUGCAUCGACCUGCUACUCGAGCUGGUGGCGACGAAGGUGACAUACAUCGUGCAGGAGGCCACGGUGGUGAUCCGCAACAUCUUCCGCAAGUACCCCAACCAGUACGAAUCCAUCAUCGGCACGCUGUGCGAACACCUCGACUCGCUCGACGAGCCCGAGGCAAAGGCGGCCAUGGUAUGGGUCAUCGGACAGUACGCGUCGCGCAUCGAGAACAGCGACGCAUUACUGGAAGACUUUCUAUACUCGUUCGCAGAUGAGCCGGUCGAGGUUCAGCUCGCGCUCCUCACGGCGACGGUCAAGCUUUUUAUCCAGCGGCCGACCAAGGGCCAAGAGCUUGUGCCCAAGGUGCUAAAGUGGGCGACUGAGGAGACGGACAAUCCGGACCUGCGUGACCGCGCCUACAUGUAUUGGCGACUCCUAUCAACGGACAUGGCCAUGGCCAAGCGCAUCGUCAUGGGCGAUAAGCCCGCCAUCACAGCCGAGUCAGAGCGGCUCGACCCGGCCACCCUGGAGGAGAUGUGCCUCAACGUCGGGACGCUUGCAACUGUCUAUCUGAAGCCAGUACAGACCGUGUUCCGCUCUGCUAGGUCUCGGCGCCUGGCAGACUCGCCGGCGCUGCAGCGACACCUCCUGCCUGCCGGCUCUGGUCCCCUGGCUCCCCCAGCCGUUUACGAGACCAAUAAGAGCCUCAGCAUGUUGGGGCUGGGCGGGCAGCCGUCCGACGUUGACCCCCGACAACGAGCAACCGGGGCAGCAGCAGCUCCAGCGGCCGGCAACCUCGCACAAGCCGUCAACGACGCCGAUGCGUACUUUGCUGGGGUUGGAGCGCAGGCCAUGGCGAACUUGCAGGUUAUGGAGCAGGACUCGUUUGGUGGUGCGGCUGGUGUCGAGGGCGGAUACGUGGUCAACCAGUACGCACCGCAGACGGCGCUGCAGCCCGAACAAGGGGGCCAGAACGGGGAUCUGCUCAUGCUCUGACGAGGGCAACCUUGUGUACUUCUCUGAUUCACAUUCCGUGGUGCACUGCUUGGAUGACUCCAGAGCCUGCUUGUUCGAUUAUAUACUGUGAUCGCGAGGUAAUCCUUCACAUCCAUGUUAAUUUUACAUAUAUCUAGUCCGGUUGCAGUGGUAAUGCAAUCUAGUCCUUUUUGGCCUGGAAAUUGCUAUAGGCAA